UUCUGUUAUUGACUUAAACCCCAUCAUCCAUACGUUUCUUUUUUUUUAUUAUACAGGAAAGUAUUAGAAGUAACAAAGUUACAAUAUAAAACCAGAUUACCAGAUAAUUGAAGGACGGGAGAAUUAAAGUAACCCAAAAACCUAGAUUUUCUUCGGUUUAGGAUUGUUUCGGAUUCACACCUGCCUUGUUUGGUUCGAACGAAACCAAAAAAAUCGAUGGUGCGGACCUUUUAGGCUGGUGUGAAUACAAACCAUCGAACUCUGGUGCAGACCAAACAUUCGGGCCGAGACCCAGCCGGAAAGGUGAUCUCUGUUCGCCUCCAAACGAACCCUGGUGCGGUUCGCUUGAGAUGUGAAAGCGACAGCACCUCGGUCCGAUCCAGUUCUAAAAAUCAUACGCCUCUUUGGACGUAACAGGCACCCGCUCAGCAGGUUACUGACAGUUCUACCCAGGCAUGUUGUCGUGUACGCCACGGCACGGGCGUAUUCAGACCUGCCUUGUUUGGUUCAAACCAAACAAAAAAAAUCGCUUGUGCAGACCUUUUGGGCUGGUGUGAAUACCAACCAUCGAACUCCGGUGCAGACCCAGUGGCGUUCUUAACAUAGGCAUAGGCCGCGGCCGCUUGGGGCCCCCAUAGGUGGGGGAAGUAAUACGAGUCUAAACGCGAAAAUAAAAUUAAGGGUUAGGAAAAGGUUAAAGUUACCCAAGCGGCUCAAAUAAAAGAAAAAAGUGAAAAGACGCCGACCCCCAUGGCAGAAAAAAAUAAAAAAGAUAUGGAAGAAGAGCUCACCUGCAGCAUUUGCCUCUCUCUCUUCGAGAUGCCGGUGACGAUUUCAUGCGGACACAACUUCUGUCACGACUGUCUUACCUCCAGCUGGAAGGAGAGUUAUGACUGCCCUCAAUGUCGGGCCCACUUCCCCACCAGGCCAGAGCUCAAGAAGAACACAGUGCUCAGUACUGUGGUGGAAAAGUUCAAAAACUGCUCCAGUAUGACCGAGUUCGGAUUUGAGAAGGAGGAGGAAGCCGUCAAAAAGCCCAUCGUGAUGUGCGAUACGUGUAUGUCCUCCGAGGCGGACAAGACCUGCCUCACCUGCAUGGCGUCGUUCUGCCUCGAGCACGUUCGGCCCCACCUCGACAACCCCAACUACCGCGCGCACCAGCUCAGAGAGCCGCUCGCGGACAUGAGCGAGCGCGUCUGCCCCGACCACCACAAGCUGAUGGAGUUCUUCUGCGUCCAACACAGCCGCUGUAUCUGCAAACUCUGCCUGCAGCAGGUCCACAAGGGAUGCACCCUCAAGACUCCCGAUAACCAAAAGGCUCUGAAAGAGUCUGAUUUGAAAUCCAAAUUGUUGUUGCUGGAUUCAAAGAUUGAAAAGGCAGAGGCUGGAAUUUCCCAGAUAACAGUGGACCAGAACGAGUUAAAGGAAUCUGUGACCAGCAGGAAGAAGAUGCUGGAGGCAGAGUACCAGCAGAUCCGAGAGAUGCUGGACAAAGAGGAGCGUGAAGCCAUGAACACAGUGGACCGCCAGCUGCAGAGUGGAGAGGACAAGUACAAUAACCUCACAAAGAUUUUCUCCAAGAAUAUCCAGGAGAUGGACAAUUCCAAACGCGGCAUCAGCGAUCUUCUGAGUCAGUCAGCUACCCUAGCCUUUCUGCAGGCUUCUCCACUGGACCUGCCUUCUCAUUUUAAUAUUGAGUACAAGCCUCCUGGGGUGAAUCUGGACACCCCAGACGUGAUUGGCGCCCAGACGUUCGUCGAUGUCUUCAAAGAUUAUCUGUGUGACCUGUUGAAACAACCUGUUGAGAAGAGACUAACGAUGCUGAAACCAGGGACCUUCCAGGGUGCCGGGCACUUCCAGGGUACCGGGCUCAUCCAGGGUCCCGGGCCCUUCCAGGGUCCCGGGCCCUUCCAGGGUCCCGGGCCCUUCCAGGGUCCAAGGCAGUUCCAGGGUCCAAGGCAGUUCCAGGGUCCAAGGCAGUUCCAGGGUCCGGGGCAGUUCCAGGGUCCAAGGCAGUUCCAGGGUCCGGGGCACUUCCAGGGUCCCGGGCACUUCCAGGGUCAACCAGGUGUCCACCCUGGUCCAGCACCCUGCUCGGUUCCAAGGUUCACAGGACCCAGGGGCAGACAUCCGCGGAAACCCGCCCAGGGUCAAAAAGAAAAGUGUGAGACGAAGAUGGGGGCAGCAUGCUCCGUGGAGAAACUUCUGAAUGUAAACAAGAGAGAUCAAUCCAGAGGCCGGACACCUGAACGGAAAUCAACUGAGGAUCAAGAUUCUUUGAACGUCCCGCCGACCAUUACCUCCCUCGUAGACAGACACGAGCUUCUCAAAUACGCCACGGUGCUCACCUUGGAUCAAAAGACGGCCCACAGACGUGUGAAGCUGAGCGACGACCUGACCGAGGCCUCAGUGAUGGACGAGCCAGCGAACUACCCCGACGGCCCUGCGCGGUUCUCCGUCUGCUCCCAGGUGCUGACCUCCAAGGGUUUCUCCAGAGGGCGCCACUACUGGGAAGUGAAGAUGAGCAGCAACAACUUUGUGGCCAUAGGGCUGUCUUACAAGAGCAUGGAUCGCAAAGGCCCCACCAGUCGCUUGGGCCGUAACGACCAGUCCUGGUGCGUGGAGUGGUUCACCCUGAAGCUGUCUGCCUGGCACGCCAACAGCGAGACGGUGCUGGAGAGUCUCAGUGCCACUGCCAGCCGCAUUGGCGUGCUGGUGGAUUGUGAUGAGGGAACGGCCACGUUCUACAGCAUUGGUGAGAAGGCGAAUCCCUUCCACACUUUUGUGUUUCCUUUCACCCAAGCCGUGUAUCCGGCCUUCUGGAUCUUCUCAAACACGUCUUCCAUCGCCUUGUGCAAGCUGUCUGGCUGAGGGGUGGCUAUGCAUACAUUGGCUUUGUGACAUUGUAUGAUCUAUAUUUACCCUUUUCUUGAUACACGUGGACAACGCUUAUUUACUUGAACCAUCCGGAUUAUUUGACCGCUAAAACAACUGAACACUUGUUCUACUCUUCAAUCACUAAAGGUCUUAUGAUUAAUGGAGUUCAAAUGUGUCGUGAAAAGUAAACACGGUCUUAAAUCUGAUACGUGAGACUGAAUUGUAUGUUAUACACAGGCCGUUUUACAUUCUUUCACUUCAAAUGUGUUUCGACCAAUCAUGUUCCUCCUGGAGCGGAGAAGUCGCAACUGGAACCAACCUGACAGGCUGAAGCACAGAAAAUGUGACAUGGCUCCCCAUCGAUUGGAAGUGACAGAUAACAAUCAAGGAAGUUAUACGUCUGUCGAUUAUGCUGUCAUGGCUUCGACUUUCACAAAAGAAAAUACAUGAAUCACUGCUAGGUGAAAACUCUGACGUGCGCCCAGACUCACCUCUGACUCUUUAAAAAGUGACCUGUAGGCAUUAGUGACGGUGCCAAGGUGGUGGGCACCAAUGGCAGGACUCUUAUACUACUGUGCUAUCCCCAUAGUGUUGCUGCAAUAUCAUUAUCCUGUUACCUGUAUGAAGACAAGUGUUUAUCCUGACCGGCCAUCAACAUCCUUAGACAAAGUGUAAAGGGUUAAAGUCCAACCUGUGUGGGAAACUGGCCACAGUAGCAAUACAGUCUGUUAUAUUCUGAACCCUCCAUCUUGCCACGCUCUAAUGAUUUCUCUCUGAAUCUGGAAGAAAUCUGGACGAAUGUUCAGCAAUAGCAUUGUCAAAUAUCUAGAUCAGAGAUUACAUUCAUUUUAAUCCCAAUGUUAAGGUAACAUGUAUUGGGUCUUGGGUUUUCGAUUAUAGUUGAAUGCUGUACAUUAUGUUCAAUGACGAUCAGAAGUUUUGGGAACCUUCGCUCUCUUUCGAAUGCUUCAAAUCGGUUGUUUCUUUAUGAAGCAAUAAGUAAUGAGAGGCUGUGAUUUAUGACUGGCUAGGGGGCGUUAUGCACGACGUCAACUGUUACGUUAAAUUUGAUUUUGUCCUACAUUUAUUUUGAUAAAUGUAUACCUUGUUGGGAUUUGUACCAUGUAUCAUUAAACUUAUCACGGUCCUUGUCUGUGACAUUCGUCUACUGUCUCGGGUCUGUGAUGCAUGUAUGUUCUUGUUUUAACUGUGACUGCGACUUUUCUGUGUACGUGUCUACUAUUCUGUACUCUAAAUCCGCAAGGCCUGAAGACAACUCUUCCAUCCCUUAAACUAAAUUUAAACAUGCUUCAUGUAUCUGAAUAAAAAAUAAAUCUCUAAUAGUGCUAAUGCCUUGUGACACAUUGAUUCCCGAGCUCGCUGGUUUGCUUAGACAAAAUCCAGAACCAGAUAAAUGAGUAACAUCAGACGACCGAUAGAGAAGGCGCUCAAAACAUACCUUUUAUGAGAUUAUAGGUAGAUUAAAGGCUAAUGUUCUUCGACACUGCAAGCAGUCACAAAGUAUUCAAAGCCCCUAAAAUGCCUUUGCCAGCAGACGCUCUUUUUAAGCGAAUCAGGGACGUUGUCAUUACUCCUAGACGCAAUUAAGCCUCCUUUUUUCAAAUAUUAUUUUUAACUCUCAUAGCACACAGA